AAGUUGGCCAUGACGCUGGGAUAAAAUAACUGAACAAGUCGCUCGUCGUUUUGUUUUUUCGAAAGCUGUGAAAGAAUUUUCUCUAGUUUUUUUUGUGCAAAAGAGUAUUUUCCAGGUGUUACUGUUGUGCAAAUAAGUGUUUAAAUUCUGUCCAGUGUAAAAACUAUGGAGGAGGCAAGCUGGAAGAAGUUAAUACUACAUUGGGUGAAUAUAUCCAAUUUGUUGGAGAAGCCCGCAACCUUUCUAGACCACACGGAUUUGGAUGCCUUCUACAGAGAGUAUAGAAAACUCAUGAUGCGUGUAACUGUGGAAGAGAUGAACAUUCAUGACUUUCUCAAAGUCCACUAUCCUUCCUUCAAAAUGCACUUCCUGGAGGGUAGUGAAAUAUGCUCAGCCGACUAUGCUUAUAUUUACUGCCUACUUCUCCAUUAUGCCUGUGUUGUUUGUAUGGAUGAACAUUUUCAGAGCAUUUGCAAGAGCAUGACUCGUUCCCAGCAGCAGGCCAUAGUAAAUUUGUUCGAGCGAAUCUCUGAGAAGGAUACUGUCACUCGGGCCAUUCUCAAGAACAUCCUGAGAGAGACAGCUCCACACUCUCCCAUUGAAUUCAUGAAUAUGGGAUCACCCAUCAGGACUCCACUGAAAACCUCUCCCUCCACUCCGAGCGCCAAGUUGCUCGAUGAACGUUCCCGAGAAUUGAUUUCUGUUAAAGCUCAACUUGAAACGGAACGGUAUGAGAAGAGCUUCCUGGAGAUGAGAAUUAAGGAAGCAGAAGAGAAGUUUCUCAAGUCAAAUCAACAGCAAAGGAUGUACAUUGGGGAGAUAAAGCAACUCAAGGAGAAACUUAUGUACGGUGAUGAGCAGAAUAUUCCUCAGAAUAGAGAGAAAAAAGAUAUGAUUUCCGAGAAGAGUCAUCAGAAGCAAAUCCAGAAGUUGGAGGAAAAGAUUUGUGCUCUCAAUAUCGAAGUGGAUACUCUAACAAAGAACAGAGGCAAUCUACAACAAAAGAAUUCACUGAUAGAGAAGGAAUUGGGCAGCUUCAGGGAAAAGUUUCAGGAGCAAUUGAUUCUCAAUGGAAACAUCCGAGCUGAUUUGGAGGAAAAGACGAUUAUUAUUGCUGAUCUUGAGAGAGACAAUCAUGAACUGAAAUUGCUCAUUAAUGAGAUCAAACCAAACAAUACAGAUCUCAAUUCAACAGACUCGCUAGAUUUUUCAUUUAACAGUUCUAAAAGUAAAAUCGGCGAGAGUCCAGAAAAUCUGGCUAAGACUGUGAUUGAAGUCCAACUGAGGGAGAAAGAACGUGAGAAUCUCGAACUUCAUACAAAGAUGGCCACAAAAAAUGAGCAAGUACAAAAGAUUUCUCAGGAUCUUGUGAGUUUUCUGAAGAAGAAUUGUACUGAAAUUGUAACGGACAUUCCUGAGAUCAUUCCCAAUAAUGAUGAUCUUGAAUAUGUGGUAUAUACUUUCUUGAACACCACUGAGAAGCUUCUGGAGAAGGAAACAGAGAUGAAGAGAACAUUGUUAAAGGCUGAAGUUGAACAAGCAUCUCUUGUGGCUACAAUAGCCUGUCUCAAUGAUCAGUGUGCCAAGAUGAAGCAGGAAAUGGAUGUUUUGGAGAAGAAGGAGAAGUGUGUUCAGGAGAAAUUUGAUGAUGUUAGUGUAAAAUUUUCGGAGAAGUCCAAGGAAUUUGAGAAGGUCAGUGAAGAACUCAGAGAGGUGAAAUGUGCUGUUGACAAGGCUACCAGGGAGGUAUAUUCCUUGAGAUCUGUCAAUGUUAGCUAUGAGAAAAUUAUUAAGGAGAAUGAGACCUUUGAAAAAGAGAUGACCAGUGAAAUUUGUCAUCUUAAAGAAAAAUUGAGUCAAAUGAAAACUUGUGUUAAACAACUGGAAAUUGAGAAGGGUCAAGUGAAAAAAUCUCUUGAUGUUCUCCAAGGGAAAUUUACUGAAUCUGAACGGAUUAUUGAUGAGAAGCAAUCCAAUCUGGAGAAAUAUCAGUCUAAGACAGAUGAAGUGAUGAGAGAAAAUUCUGUUCUUACAAAUCAAAUAACUGAUCUCAAGACUCACAAUAAAUCUCUUCAGGAAACCAAAGAUCAGAUAAAUCUUGAGAUUAUUCGGCUGAUGGAGGAGUUGAAGGUUGCUAAAGGUGAAAAUGACCAAUUAAAAUUGAAUAUUGAGUCAUUGUCUUUUGAGAAGGAGGAAUUAAAAGCUGAAGUGGACAACAGGAUAUGCGAUAUGAAAAAUCUAACGGAGAUUAAUAGAAUUUCAGCGGAAAAAUUGAGUUCACUUGAGGAAUUCUGUGAGGAGUUGAAGAAGAAAUAUGCAGAUAUUCUCAAAGUAGCAGAAGAAAAUGGUGGGAAUUUGAUAAAGAUUCAGCAAGAGAAGGAAAUUAUUAUUGAGGAAAAGAUUGCAAUGGGUUAUCAAUUGAAGGAUUGUGAAAAUGAAAUGCAUGAUCUGAAAAAUCAAAUUGCCAGCUUUGAAGCUCAGGAAAUUGAAUUUUCCAAGAAAAUUGACUCACUCAAUGCAGAAAUUGAAGUUUACAAGUUGGACAAUAGGAAAAUUCAUUUGAAAAAAACUGAAUUGAUGAAGCAGACAGAGAUGCAUAAAACAGAAGCCAUUCAUUUGCUGAAAGAAAUUGAAUGUCACAAGCUUGAGAUAAAGACAUUGACGGAGAGUGUUAAGGAAAAGGAGAAACUUGUUGAGAAGACCAAAAUUUCUGUAGAAAAAACCAUUGAGGAAUUGCAAAAGGAAAUUGGUGAAUUGAAGGACAAAGAGAAAAUUCAAAAUAUUCAAUUGGAAAAAUCUGAAGAAGAAAUUAAAAUUCUAACGAGUAAGCUGAGUGAAGAUGCCAUAGUGAAGGAGGAAAUGGUGAAGAAUCAGAAGGAAGAAUUGUCAUCUCUUCAACGUGCACUUGCUGAUACAUUCAAAAUGAAUGAAGAACUCAGUGAAAAACUGAAAAAUCUCGAAGAAGUUAAGAUGAAAAUUGAGAAAUGUCUAGAAGUGGAGAUAUCUUCGAGGAAGGUCUAUGAGGAGAAACUUGAGGUUAUUGCAAAAGAAAAGGAGUACCUUGGACAGAAACUCUUAGCAGACGAAGCAUCGAAGGAUCAGAUGAAAGAUGACAUUGAGUGCUUGGAGAAGGAUUUGGCAGAUAGAAAAAAGCACUGCUCGAAACUUGCUGCUGAAAUGGCUGAAGUGAAGGAGGAAUCUCAACGACUGAAUACUCAAGUCUGUGAACAAAAAAUUGAAAAUACCACUCUUCAGGAAAGAAACAAAUCUCUUGAGCAAAUUCAAAAGGACAAUAAUGAUCAUAUUGGAAAACUUCAGAAGAAACUUGAGAAGCUCCAACAAGAUAUUGUCAAUUUCGAAAGAAUUACAAAAGAUGGUGACCAAAAAAUUGAGAAACUUUCUGCAGAAAUUGUAGAGAAAGAAUCUCAAAUUGAGAAACUCACAACAUCUCUGGAGGCUCGAGAGAAAGACUUUGAGGCAAUUGAAGAGGGUCUCAGGAAGGAGAUUACAGAGGAAAAAGUUCAAAUUCAAGUGUUACAGGAAGAAAAGGGAUGCCUUGAAAAGAAGCUUGCUGAAAUGCAGAAUCUCCAAGAGAAUCUUUUAAAGAUUAAAGCAUCUCUGAUUGAGAAGACUUCAUCCAAUGAGGCUUUAACUGAAGAAAUCAACAUGCUGCAGUCUGAUUUGUCCUCAAAGAACUUAAAAAUGAGUGAAUUGGCAAAAAAACUUGAAGAUUUGGAGAGAUCCAAUGAACUCAGAAAUGAGGAAUAUACAUUGGAAAUUUCCAAAAUAUCUGCAGAAUCUGAGAAAAAAAAUGCUGAAAUCAAUGAUCUCAAAUCAAAGCUCCAGGAAAAUUCGGCAGAAUUGGUGAGAAUGGAAGAAGAUCGUAAGACUGUAAAUGGCAAGGCUAAAGAAUUUUUUGAGAAGCAACAAGAUUUCGAAGUUAAAUGUACACAAUAUGAAGAACGUAUCAAAUUACUGUCCGAGAGUAAAACCAAAGCAAUUGAUUUGCUCCAGAAAGAGAUUACAGGAUUGGAGAAGAAGAAUAUUGAUAUGAAUGAAAAAAUUAAGGUUCUGGAGAAUUGUUAUGCAGAAAAAACCAAGGAAUUUGAUGAUUAUGUUGCAUCCAAUGCAGAAGCUCAAGAGGAAAUUGUCAAACUGAAAGAGGAGAUACAGUCAAUUGAGUGUCAGAAUGAUGAGAUUACGCAGAAACUUCUGGACAAUGACAGUGAAAUUCAGAAUCUUCAGCAUGAAAUCAAGAAACUUCUCAGCAAUAGGCAUGAAUUGGAGAAUAAUCUGUCUCACUUAAAGGCAAAUUAUGCCGUUCUGGAGGAGACAAUGGCUGAGAAAGAUGGUGAAAUACUAAAUAUGAGAAUUGAAUUGAACAAGAAGACAACAGAAUUCAGUACAGAAUCCAUUAAAAUUGCCAAUUUACUGCGAGAAGUGGAGAAGUACAAGGGAUUGGAGGUUCAAGUGAAGAAAUUGGAAGCACUAGAGCACAAAGAGAAGGAAAUCAAUGAGAAAUUGGUGAAUGAAAAUGCCAUUCUCCAAGCAAAACUCUAUAAAAAUCGCCAGACACUUGAGGAGAAGGAAAAAUCUUGGGAAUCCGAAAGGGAAGUACUCAAAAAGACUGCUGCGGAAUCUGAGGAAAAAAUCUAUGAGAAUAAGCGUGAGAUGGAAGGAAAGUUGGAGAAGAUGAAAGAAAAAAUGAAGGCACUGUGCAACGUUGAGAUUGAAAAAUUAAGGCUAAGAUAUGAACGAGAUGCUGCUAUGAAGAUUGAAAAGGCGGAAAAGUUGUCGAAGAAGCUUUCGCAGGAAAUUGCCAUUCUCAACAGUAAGCAAUUGGAUUUGGUAAAAGAAAAUACCAAUCUCAAGAGAAUGAUGGGCAGUGCAUCAGCAAUGAAACAACCAGUUAUGCCCCAAAUGAAUCUCAAUAUGGAAGAUGAAGAGGGAGAACAAUUCAACAAUACUUAUCUCAAGGAUAUGAAGUCAGGAGCCGAACAAGCAUCAUUUUUUGGACGGGAAUCAGUAACUAAGGAGGAAUUAGAUUGGCGAAAUUCAAGACAACCACCCCACCUGAAGAGUCAAUAUGCUGCACAAUAUGGCAUUGAUAAUUUUGAGGACGACGUCACGUCAAUUGGUGAAACAAAUGUGCACGAUGACAGCAUGAGUAGUCUGCUGUAUGCUGGUCAAAGGAAGAAAAUGAGUGGUACGACAUCGUACAAGAGACCCGGACCACCAACUCCCAGUAAAAAUGGGGGUCGUUUAUCAUUGGGAGGAACAGGUGAAGUGCAUCCACGACAAAUCCUCAAGGAAAUCAAUGAAUCCACCAAACAGCAGACACCAAGCACCCUGAGGGCGAUAUUCAGUAGGAAAUCCCUGGCCAGAGAUGAGGUAAUGUCCGUAGAGAGUUGCCAAAGUAGUUGUAGCGUAGUAGAAGAUGAGUUUAUGAAUGCAUGCUGCACAUUAAAGGGACGAGGAAAGAUUGAAUGGUUCAUGGGGGGUGAUAAAGGAGGAAAUAAUGAAGAUACCAGUUCAUUGUCUGAUACUCCAAGCUUGAGGAAAAGAAAGCCAAAGAAGAGAAGGGUGUCUAUAAAUAUGACGCAUUUGAAAAAGAGACGAUUCUCCAAUGUUCUUCAGUGUCAGAAAAAUCGCCAAAAGAGCUUUAUGAGUCGAUCAAAAAGCAAUCGAAAGGAUAUAUUUGAUGAAUUUCGCUCAAUUAAUAAUGAUGACGAAUCUGAAUUGUGGAUUGAGAAGGACGAGGAUGACCUCAAUGACAGUGCCGAGAAGAAAUUUGAAAUAAUUGCACAGCAGAAAAUCUCACAAACACCUUUUUUGCAAAUUACACAGAAGACUGAUAAGGUCAAGAGACGAUUUUCAACGCCAAUCCAUUUGAUAAAUUCUCCAUCAAAUUCAAAGCACUCAAGUGCAAAAUGUUCUGGUGGUGGUGUAUCAUUUAGCGAGAGAAUUCCCAGGUCGGAAGUGAUCAAAUUACCAAGACGUCAAUUGAUUCAGAACCAAAAUUUUGGAGUUAAACCCACAUCAAUCCUAUUUGCCAUUCUUAUCAUCCUUUUCGCUGUUUAUUUCGCUGUUGUGAACGAGCUGUUCAGCCAUUAGAUGUUAUUGUCAUAUUGCUUAUUUAUAAAUUAUUAUUGAAAAAAAAAUUAAAUACAAUGCAACCGUAGAAAAAGAAA